GUAGCGGAUUGGGAUUUCCUUUCCUUCUUCCGAACGGAACAACUUACCACACUGACGAAAGCGAAACCAAGAACAGUAGACGAGUUAGGACUGUGGUUCUCAUACGGAGAAGGCAGUGGACGUCGACUGAAAAUGUCGAUUAUAACUGGGGAGUUGGAGUUAAAUGAUAUUGAUGACUGGUUUAGGAUUGGACAAGAUGCGAGUAAACAAACGAAGAAACCUGAGGCGGUUGCAACUUCCACACUGCAGGGCCACUUGUUUGAUUCAGAGAGUGGAGGAACACAUACGCCUGACGUGCGAAAAAAGACUGACGCCAAGCUGCCGAGCUAUCGCAGGAGCACUCAUCAUCCUACAAGAUGCCAGUAUGUGGAGCAGUACAGAAGGCAGGAGGAGGAGGACUUGCUUUCACAAGCUCAAGUUUCAGGCACUUCUUUAAGUGGACUGUCACCAGGUGCAGUGUCGGAACUGCUGGAGAAUCUGGAGCUGGACACCACAACUGGCGGGGGGUCGGUGGCUGUUCCGGAGGAUCUCAUCCCUGAGGGGGCGCUGUCUGUCUAUCAGAACUACAGGUUUGACCACAAGUACUCUCCCUUGCCUGUGGUUGAAGCCAGGGAAAAGAUCAUCAGUACCAUUGAAAGCAAUCAAGUGACAGUCAUUCAAGGGCCCACUGGUUCUGGCAAGACAACCCAAGUGCCUCAGUUUAUUAUGGACCAUUAUGCGGAAGAAUCUCGGUAUUGCAACAUUGUUGUCACGCAGCCUCGGAAAAUUGCAGCUUCUUCGAUUGCCCGUCGUGUAUGUGAGGAACGCGGUUGGUCUCUGGGAACUAUCUGCGGAUAUCAGAUUGGCUUAGAACGUCAAGCUAGUGAAGAUACUCGGAUUUUGUACUGCACAACAGGAGUGCUGAAAGAAAAGUUCAUUGGGAAAAAGAACAUGCAUGAGUUCACUCACGUCAUUUUGGAUGAGGUGCACGAGAGAGACAUUGAGACUGACUUUGCCCUGCUCAUUGUGAAGAAACUUUUGAGGUCAAAUUCUCGCCAUGUAAAGGUGAUCCUUAUGUCUGCGACCUUUGACACAAGCGCCUUUGCUCAGUACUUUGCCUUGCCGGUGAAGAAUCAGUUGGAGCCAGCUCCCGUGGUCACAGUGGGUACCGUGCUGCACCAUGUCCCAGAAUUCUUUGCUGAUGACCUCGUAUCGAAGCUCGGAGAGGUACCUCAUGUGGAAGAAGCACAGCCUGGCAUCAGUCCUGGAAUGUACGAGAUGGCAGCCGGACUCGUACAAGAGUUUGAUUUGUUGGAGAUCAAGGAACAAGGGAGAGAUGAAAAAACAGCAUUUGCUCCAAUCAGAGGCUCAGUUUUGAUAUUCUUACCAGGUCUCCAUGAGAUCACUGAAAUGCAGAAACUGCUCAGCUCUAUUGAUGGAAGUUUCUUGACCAUAAUUCCUUUGCAUUCAUCGAUCACACUGUCAGAACAGAGCAAGGUGUUCAGGAAGGCAGCGAAAGGUUACAGAAAAGUCAUUCUUUCAACAAACAUUGCUGAGAGCUCCAUCACAGUCACAGAUAUCAAAUAUGUUGUUGAUUUCUGCCUGACAAAGAAUCUCUUCUGUGAUCCGGAGACCAAUUUCACCCAGUUGCAAAUGGAAUGGGCCUCGAAAGCUAACACAAAGCAAAGGAAAGGUCGUGCGGGCAGAGUUUCGAACGGUCGUGUGUACUUUAUGGUCCCCCGAUGGUUUUACGAGACUGUCUUGCCUGAGUAUGGUGUUCCAGAAAUGCAGAGAUCCCCUCUGGAGGGUCUGAUCCUGAAGACCAAGCUGUUUGACAUGGGAGAGCCCAAAGCUCUCCUGGCUCUGGCCCUGUCUCCGCCCAAACUGGAGGACAUUGAACGCACCAUCCUCAGCCUGAAAGAGGUUGGGGCCUUGUCAUCAUCUGUCGGGGAACAAGCGAACCCAUACGACGGUGAUCUGACCUUUAUUGGGCGUGUGCUAGCAACUCUUCCCGUCAGUAUCUAUGUGGGGAAGCUGCUGGUGCUGGGUCACGUCUUUGGAGUGCUGGAGGAAUGCCUCAUCAUUGGUGCUGCUCUAUCUUUGAAGAGUAUCUUCGCACAGCCAUUUGAUAAAAGACUUGCUGCCUACAAAGGCAAGGUUGGUUGGUCAUCCAACUCCCUCAGUGACUGUAUCACGGUGCUCUACGCUUUUACGACCUGGCAAAACAGGCUCAAGCUCAAAGAGUUCGAGAGAGCCGGAGCCAAUGAGCGGGAAUGGUGCACCAGUCACCACAUCCAGGCCAAAAGCUUGAGGGAGGUUGCCAAACUGGUGGAUGAACUUGAGCAGAGGCUGUUAAAGUUCAACAUUGUCAAGCCACAAAAGCGGCCAAGCUUCAAGAAUGACAGCAGAGACCCAAUAGAACAACUCAUUCUCAAGAUGGUGAUGUGUGGAGCCUUCUACCCAAACUAUGCUGUGAAGGAAGAGUCCAACGAAAUGGAGGCUGUAAAGGCGCUGUCAAACCAUGAUCCCCUCAAGACAGUUUAUGUGAAAGGUUUGCCCAUGAAUGAAGGCAUCUUGUACCACAAGCAAAUGAAGGAUUACUUCAGUGUGUGCUGCAAUGAUCCACCGCCCAAAAUCUCCACAGAAGAGUCAAGGGCUUACAUAGAGUUCUCAUGGAAGCAGGGGUCCAUGAAUGAGAGGAGGGUGCACCCUGGUGUGUAUUAUGCCAUCAAGAUCAGACAAAUUGGCAUCAAGGUGUCCUUUGACAUGCUAGACAGGGAGGAGACCAAGCGCAAGCUUACUGAGGUACAGAAAGUGUCACAGGGUCCCACUGGAGGGCUGCGCAGCAACAGACUUAAAGCAGGUGAGGGCAGCAGUGGGGACAACUUUUUGAACAUCGAUCCUCAAACUUCCACGUUAUGGAUCAAUGUCACAGAGGUAGUGGAGUGUGGCCAUUUUUGGGCUCAAAUCAACGAACCUGCUUGUGACAACCUCUUGAUGGACAUAAAGUGUGCCCUCAAUGGCCCAGGUGCAUACAUGCAGCCCAUCACUCAGGGAGUUGUGCCGGGGACUCUCGUGGCUGCUCCUUUCUCCGACAUUGACGGUGAGUGGUACUAUCGAGCCUGUGUGGAAAAAGUUGUCGCUGACAAAGUGCCUGUGGCUGGGGGCGGAGCUCUGAAGGCCAUUCUCAACAUCCGGGUGUUCUAUGUGGAUUAUGGAAACAGAGACACCGUCCACAUCGAUCGGCUGUUCAUACUCCCACAGAGGCUGCACAAAUUGCCAUAUUUGGCAAGGGAGUUCUACCUGAAGGGAGUGCGUCCUUCAUCUGUGACCUGCUCCGAUGGAGUGUGGAGUGAGAAGGCGAACAGAUACUUCUUCCAAAAUGUCAUAAACAAACAGCUCCUGGCUCAGGUGUACUCUGUGGUGGACGAUGUGGUGCGUGUGGAACUGGUGGAGACGCUACCUAAUGGGACAGAAAUCAGCUACAACAAUGAGAUUGUUCGCGAGAAGUUUGCAGAGGUUGCUGAAGAGUCCUUCUUGUCGCAGCAAAAUCAUCAAUGGCAAGAAGCAAUGAAACAUGGCAGCCAGGCAGGGGUCACACAAGACUCCCGGCGCCAAGUGACCUUGACCUCCCAAUCAGGAGAUGCUGGGCGUGCUGGAGCUCAACGCAGGGGGAGAAGGAUAAUCUUGACAGGCCCUUCAAACCCUCUUGAGAUGUCAUUUAGCAGCAUAACGUUCAGUGGAAGGCAAAGAGUUGUUCGCAUAGAUCCAGAGAGCGUCAACUCAGUCGCUAUAGAUGACCAGCCUGAGAACAAGUUCUCUCGCCUUAUGGUUUCCGGCAGCAUAGCCCUGAACCCUGCAGGCAACAGCAUGAUCGCUCGGGACACAACAAUCAUGCCUCAAAUCCCAGGACUGCCUGCUUUGGUCACUCUGAUGUUUGCUCCGUAUGUUGAGUACAGAACUGACCCAAAAUGUGAGCGAUAUAUCGGGGCCCUGUGUGGCCUGGGCUAUGAUGAGGAGAACCAGUCCAUCCUGCCGGACCACGACAUUGAUCUGGUGUUUGAGACGACUUUUGACAAUGAGGACAUCGUCCUGAUCAACCAUGUGCGUAUGGCUGUGAAUGCGUCAGUGGGCUCAAACGACACAAUGGCUGGGUGGAGUGUGGACACAUUCAUCAGCAUACAGAAGAGGGCUCGAGAGACACUUUUGCAGUUGCUAAAGAAGCAGCGAGAAGCAGUUGAACCACAGGCUUUCAGAAAUAUGUAUGAAUGGAACCAGGUGGACCCAGAGAGCAUUCUGUAUCCAAGUGUGCCAGACGCGGACGAGUCUCACACCCUGCUGAGACUGCACAAUGCUGUGUGCCUGGAGGAGCCUGAGCCCACGCCAGAUUCCAUGAGACGCCAGCAGGACAUGUUGUGGCACCUGGAAGACUUGGAGAGAAAAGUGAAAAACGGUGAGCGCCAGCCGGUGACCUGUGAACUGUGCAGUGUGCACCUGGCCACAUCUCAGGUGCUGGCCAUCCAUAUGGCAACUGAAAGCCACCUGCGCAGAGCUCUCAAGGUGCAUGAUGGGUCCUUCAAGUAAUAGAAAUCUAGGAUCAAUUAGUGAAAUUUUGUUGUCGAAGAAAAGUCAAAGUAUUUAUGUCGGUUAGCAGAAGUUUGGGUGAAGAAAGGUAUCCAUGUAUAGCACUAAGGGUGAUUGAGAAGCAGGUGGAUGUACAUUUGUAUGUUUGGUUACAGAUUUUGAUACUGAGAUGGAAUGUCGAAUGUUUUCACCGGUCAUACCUACUCCAAGUGAAUGUGAACAGGUGCCUUCUUGCCUUUCUAGUCAACUUUCUUUCACUGGUUGACAAAGUUUAAGCUUUAGCUGAGGGCUGAGGGGGGCUAGGAUUCAAAUGGAUUUAGUGAUACAACUUGUGUUAAUGGAUGUUAAAAUGUUACAAAGUAAAACUGCUCAGCAAAUUUCCCCAACUGUAAGGCCUCGUGUGUAAUGUGUUAAGGCUAACAUGAUUGUUUAUUUUUGUGGUUUUACUUCAGGAGGGUUAUGUCUAUACAUUAUGAUAUGGCCUUGUACAUUAUGAUAUGGCCUUGUACAUUAUGAUAUGGCCUUGUACAUUAUGAUAUGGCCUUGUACAUUUGUAACAUUCCUCACUCAGGAACAUGGAGAAAUUGAUGUGUGGAGAGAAAGUUGCAGUCUUUGGAUUAAGACUUGAGGUUUACUUGUUUGUGUGUUAGGAAAAUCAAAAUGUGUGACUUGUGGAGUUAUGGCCAAGUACUUACAGCUGUUACACUUGCACUCAUUCAUUUCCUUGAUUGUAAUUCCCAGCCCUGCAAAUGUUCUUUCUUCCUGUCAUUCUUAACACAUUUUUCUGUACCGUACUUCUUCUUCUUGAUUGCAUCACACUUUAAGUCUGGUACCUAUCAUGUACCAGGCCAUCCUGCUCACUUCAUCUGUCGGCCCAUACAGCUUCUCUCGUAGUGUCAAAGGGGUUGGCAAAGUUUCCUGUCUCAGGGCCCUGUGGGUCUUUCAGUACUGGAGGAUAUGUUCCACAGUUUGAGCCGCCUCUCCACACUGGCAAUUUGUGAUUGUGCUAGUUUAAAACAUCUGCUCAUGUGUUGUCUCAGUCUUGUAUGUUGUGUUCUUAGUUUUUCUGUACUAAUAUAGUUAUGCUCCAUCCUUUAUCUUAUGUUUUGUCUUCUGUCUUUAUGAUUUGAAGCUAUCACUUGUGCAGACUAUGAUACCUUGUAAAAUGUUGCUGUGAUUCUUUAAGUGUAAGAUGGUGAUAAUGAUUUGUCAUAAUGCAACAAAAUGAGUCACACAUCACAUUUUGACGAUAUUACAUUAUAGUUGUCAAAUUCUAAGAUCUACACAAGCCAUGUGCAUUUUUUGGUUAAAAUAAUAUCAAUGUACAUUGUUUUGUACAGUCAAAAAUUAAUGUGUAUAAUGUUAGAGAAAUGUGGAUCAAAUUUUACUGAGGAAAAUGUCGGUUGGACUGUUUUCUGCAACUUGUUUUAAAAGAUAAUGGUACUACUGUAGAUUUUACACCAUUAUAUUUGAAACAAUUUGUAUUCUGUUUGGGAUUUCGUGCAAGUUCUUUCAUUUUAAUGAUAUGUCAUGAGGGGUGACUUUAAAUUUAGUUUGACAAAAAGUUCAGAUUAAAUCUGUUAACUGAUUCCGUCCCUUCGGCCACUGACAGCGGCUCUGAGUUUUUCC